CAGGAUCCGUGUAUACAUAUGUCCAAUGCGUAUAGUCCUUUGCUGACAUGGCAAAAAAAAUCUACACACUGUGAUGGAGAACGUUUGAUUGUAGAAACCCGUCGAAACUUGCUGACUAGACAAAAAUCGGGCGCGGCUUCACAAAAAACUAGACAAAAUUUAGGCGCGGCUUCACAAAAAAAAGAGGGAAAUCGAAAACUCAAAGCUAUCGUGAACUCUGAACACUCUUGCCGAACUGCCACAAAUAGUUCUCUCUGGUGUUUCCAUCACCGAAGAAGCUCUGGGUUCUCUCAAGUCUCAACAAGAACGGGUACAAUUUGACAUGGAUUCAGGGUCUAAUCCGUUCCCAAGCUCCCAACAUCCCAACCAUGCUAACCUGUCAAACCAAAUUCCAAAUCAGUUUACUCCCAUAAGCCAUCAGUUUCAGCCUCCAUAUCAGCUCAAUCCAUUAAAUGGUUCUUAUCCUCCUUAUAAUAUACUUUAUGGAUCUCAAUUCUCAUUCCAAAAUCUCUUAAACACUCCCAUUAUUUCAAGUGAGCCCACUGAAACACACAGUUCACACGGAGGAGGGAGAAGGAACCCCAAAGUUGUCCAUGAUAGUUCCAAUACUUCUCAACCUUUCACUCCUAAAAGAGAUUAUUGGAGUUCAGAAGAAGAUGUUGCACUAACAACAGCAUGGCUAUCUAUUUCUAUGGAUCCUGAUGUUGGUAACAAUCAGAAACUGACAGCUAUGUGGGAGCGAAUCUUACAAGUUUGGAGGGACAUCAUGGGAG